AUGAAAGGCUUAGGGGCCAACCGUAGCCGACAUCUCUCAGAUACCUGCGACCCCACUGCAGGUCCCCAGGAGCCCUUGUGUCCCUUGGCCCCGGACCCCCAGUCCGCCUACCUCCUGAGCCCCACCAUCCAUCAUUAUGGCACUCUGGAUCCUCAUCUCCACCACUUCCCAGUUUCCACCACCACCUCCCUGCAGUCGGACUGUCUGCUGUCCCUAAACAACCAGCUGACGAACAGCAGCACCUUCCCUCGACUCCACUACACCACCCAACAAGAGCAGAGCGAGUACAUGCAGCAGGACUAUGUGUCUCAGACAGGCAGUCGUGCUGGCACCCUCACCUCCUCUAUGUCCAUGGGCAUGGGUCUUGGCCUGGGAUUGAACGCCCCUGCCAUGAUCACCAGUGGCACUGCCACCAUCUCGUCUGCGGCCGCUGCAAAGAUGAACCAGAUUCCAGCCAACCUCCUCGACCAGCUGGAACGCCACCUGCCACUCCAGCGAGACGGCUUCAGCACGCUGCAAUUCCACAGGCGCAAUCGUGGCUCCAAGCCGCGUAGCGAGAGUCCCAGCCGCAUCCGUAACUUGGUGCAGUCCGUACAGAAACUCUUCGCCAAGUCACAGUCUUUGGAGGUGUCGGCGGUCAAAGGGAGCAUUACAGCAGGUCAAGGUGGCAACAGUGUGAAGACGGCCCGACGAAGCAAAAGCAAAGACCGAGCCAAGACAGAGGGCACCAAACGGCGACCACGGCCCAACCUCUCAGGAUUCUGGAGUUCGGAUGACGGCUUAGAGGACGAGCAAACAACUCAACCUACUGCCGGUCCAUUAGCAGUGGCUUAUCGUAACCCAUUGAGUAUGAUGUCAUUGGGUAGAGCCGUUUCAGACAGUCAGGCGGCACCCAGACCACACCCACAGGGCUACAACACCAUUGCAGCACACUCGCUCAAAUCGUCCAUGAGCAGCGGCGAUCUGAAGCCGCAGUCAGUGCUGGCACCCUCCAGUGGCCAAACAGGGGACAACACACUGGUGAAGAGAGGCUCCUGGUCAUCACUGACCCUCAAUCAGGCCAAACAGGUGCUUCAGAAGGCCACAGUGAACAGGACCCUACUCAAGUCCAAGUCCUGCCACGGUCAGGAGAUGACCUUCAACCUUCUACAGGUGCCCACAGGGGAGUGGAGUGGGACACUGGCUAAGGCAGGGGUCACGGGUGAGAUCCCGUGCAGGAGAAUGCGCAGCGGCAGUUACGUUAAAGCCAUGGAAGACACAGAGGACAGCGAUGACUCAGACAGCCCACCAUCACCCAAACCCUCGCCCAAAACCGCCGCCAGACGACAGAGUUACCUGAAGGCCACACAGCACUCUCUGAGUGAACAGCAGUCACUCCUGCCACGCAACUGUAUGCCGUCUCUGUGUGAGGUCUCCACCAAUCACAGUCUGGAUAACCUGGACUGUUUGAUGGCACAGAGUGAGGCAGUCCUACAGGAAGCGGGAUUCCUUCAGGGUUGCGCUUCACUGGGACGAGGGACUACCAUGAGCCAGGUGGAGCAGGGUUACCUGAGCGGCACGGCUUACAGGCAGGUGGACUCUCAGGCGGUGAAGGCUUUAGAUCUGCCCAUGCCCACCUGCUUCAGAUCUCGAAGCCACAGUUACCUGCGGGCGAUUCAGGCCGGCUGCUCUCAAGACGACGAUACGGGCUCCGUGGACUCGGAUGAAACCCCGCCCACAACUACAUCCAUCAGUAGCUAUAUCCACAACACCGUCUCUACGUGUACAGCCGCCUGUAGGAAGGCUCCGCCACCUAUUCCUCCACGCACCACCUCGAAACCCUUCAUCUCCGUGACUGUCCAAAGCAGCACCGAAUCUGCCCAGGACACGUAUUUGGACAGCCAGGACCAGCGCAGCGAGGUCAACAGCCAAUCAGGACGCAGCAACUCUUCUGACAGCCUCGCCAGCUCUCGUACAGGAAGUCUAGUGAAGUGUUUCAAGCGGCCGCCCAUCCUACCCCCCAUCCCUGCCCCGCGAGAACCCGUACCUCUGCCCAGUGCGAGGGUUACCACACCACCUCCCACCGUUGUUCCGCCCUCUCCUGCCCCAGAUGCCAAAAAUCAGCCAGCGAGUCUGACGGUGGCAACUGAUGAACCACAAGCUCCGCCCAAGAGAAAACUCUCAUCGAUUGGUAUUCAGGUGGAUUGUGUCCAGCCGGUGAAAGAGGAACAACCUCCCACGACCAGGUUUCAGUCUAUCGGAGUUCAAGUUGAAGACGGCAGGCCACUCAGUCGCUUCACUAGCAUGGCGUCUAGACAGGAGACGACGGAGGCUGAAUCUCAGGAGCAGUCCGACGGUAUACCUGCAGUGCAUAAGGCGUCCAGCCAAUUGCUGGACGGUGGCAUGCACAAACCCUCGAGACCAGGCGUGACGCACCGCAGUUCUGCCUCGCUGCAGGAAACGCUGGAUCCAGCUCUGGAUCCGUCCUCGCUCCCCCCGCCCGACCCCUCAUUGCAGGCCGGGACCGGCAGUGUGAACGGAGCCGUGGAGCAGCCCAGGGCGGCGGCGUGCCUCAGAGACGGACGCUGGUUCCAGAAGCUUCUUCAAGCUGAGACAGACCGCAUGGAGGCCUGGUGUCAACAGAUGGACCAGGAGACCAAAGACAAACAACUGUCCGAGGAAGUGUUGGGAAAGAUCCGCAGUGCGGUCGGCAGCGCUCAACUCUUAAUGUCUCAGAAGUUUCAGCAGUUCCUGGGGCUUUGUGAGCAGAACCUGGAUGCAAACGCUCAACCGCGUCCCACGGCGCAGGAUCUGGCGGGGUUCUGGGAUCUGUUGCAGCUGUCCAUUGAAGAUAUCAGCAUGAAGUUUGACGAGCUCCAUCUCCUCAGGUCCAACGACUGGAAGAUGUCCGAGACGCCGGACAAAAAGGAGGAGAAGAAGCCGGCUCCUGCGCACACACCAAAGAAGACAGUAAAAGUGAAAUCCACCGGCGGGAAGGAAAAAAGCGGCGACUCCGUGGCGGACAAGCAACGUCAGGAAGCCAGAAAACGACUGAUGGCGGCCAAGCGAGCGGUGUCAGAGCGACAAAACUCUGCCACGGAGAGUGCCGAAAGCAUUGAAAUCUACGUUCCAGAGGCCCAAACGCGACUUUAAGGAACAAGAAAUUAAAAACUCGUACACCUCUGAAUCUUGCGCACACGGACGCCGCACUCGUAUGGAGGAUACUAUGGUUGGAUCUGUAGCUGUGGCAUGCAAAAAGGUGUAAACAAGCAAAAAAUAUCGAAUGGAAAAAAAUGGACGUGAAUUUUGAACGCUACUGCGUCACCGCUGCCACAGAAGAACCUCCCGUUGACGUUUGUUUCUAUAGUAACCCUUGUUAUAAUUCUAAAUGUUAUAAAAGUUAAUUAUCUCAUGGAAUAUAUCAAGACUUUGUCUGUAAAUUGUGCUAAUAUCUCGUCAGAUCUCCGACCCUUUACAUGCAUCACAUGACCCACCCAACACUCCUGGCCGACGUUUUUUGCGCCCCUCGUACAGCAUGCACUCAGGACCUGCACGUGUGCACUUGUAUUUCAUCAACGCAGUCUUCCUGUUUUCACAAAAACGCAUUUAUUUCACUUUUGGUUAAGUUCGCACAUUUUUGGCUGUAUGGCGUGUCUUCAAUGGGAGCAAGAACGCAAGGCAUUUGAAUGCCGUUACGAAUGUAAAUGCUAACGAUAUUUGGCGUCCAGUCGGUAGCUUCUGGAACUCUGUCGUUAAAUGAUUUGAUGGUACAACAGACGCUUGAAAUUCAACAAAACAAAUCAAUGCAGGACGUCAACCGUAAAAUAGCACAGAUCCCAAACCACCAACCCAACCUAAGAGUUCGAAAAUUCUAGCACUCCGCUUAUUUUCGUUUUCGACUUUGUCCACUCACGUUUUUGUUCACCAUAGUAAAAAUGGUUUCUUGAAACUUUCUAGUUUUCUCUUUUCACCCCAGUAAAAAUUGACGCUGGAACACAUGAACUUGUUUUGUCACACUGAGCACAUAGAAAUUGUCGAACGAAUCAUCUGUCGAUCUGUCCGUCUCUCGUAGGGUAAAAAUACGAUCACGCAACUUUCUUUUUAAGGUGAAUGUUUUAAAAAAAAUCAACAUGAUAAUGGUCCAAAUUUUUACUUGGGCCAACUAUUUCUUUUUGUAAUAUUAUUGUAAUUAAUAUUAUAAUUAUUGUUAUUUUAAAAGUUUCACUUUUGUUUUCUGUUGUUGUCCAAUCAUUCCAUGUGUGGUUCUCAAGCUUGUAUCCGGUGGUUGAUUUCUGAUCGGUUUAAGCAAUGAUAGUACAUCUGUGUUUUAUGUGUGUGACCAAUUAGAAGCAAUCAUUUGUGAUAGAGGAUGUUUUGUUUUUUUAUUUCUUUAUCAGAUAUUAAAAACUUCAAAUUACCCAGAACUUGUUGAUAUGAUCUGGAGAACUUUCACGAACCAGUAAAAAAUAAUAAUAAUAAAAAUAAUUCUCAUCUCAUUUUGCACCGAACGCAAGCGAAGCACAUUUCUGUGUAAACUCUUCGUAAAACCGCGUUUACGUAAAUCGCCGUAUUCAUUUCAAUGUGGCACGAUAAGUAGGCAUUUUACGAACGGUUUACGAAGAAAUUCGCCUUGUGAGUUUACCUCUACAGUUUGUUGUAGACACAUCAACGCACCCAAAACCUUUUAUUUCUAGCAAAAACAAUCAGACGUGCAGUUGGUCCGAUAUUUGAAGGCGAAGUGUGUCAUUUAUGAUAUUGCAAAAUAAUCGAUAUUGCAAAGAUAAUUGUUACCAAACACUCCUACCACCCUGCCUUUGACAGCCAUUGUUGAAAAAAUAAAACAGGUAGUCCCGCCCCCAAACUCACGCGAUUGGUUGAGUUAGAAGCUGACGCGUUGAAAGCGCUGUAGAGUCAGUGGUUACGCUCUUCAGGAAGUUGACAUACUAUUGGCUUAUUUAUACGCUUCACCUUGAUGAGCUGAAAAAAUCAAUCAAUAAAUGUGCCAAUUAUGAUCCUGAUUCAAAGAGUCAAGUUCACACCAAACUGUUUUCUAUGGAAGCCCAUUUCUGCCACCACCAAUAGCAAAACUCCAGUGUGCAAAUCAUCAAUAUUUUGAGACAUUAUCUCAUUAUUCAAAGGAAAUUAUUAUUAUGUAUUUAUUUCUAAAGUAUAAUCCCAGGAUAAUCUCAAUAAUUUGAAAUGUUAUUGUUUUGAAGUGGUAUCUCAAAAUAUAGUAAAUUAUAUUAAAAUUGAUAAAUGAUGUGUGCCAGUUUUAUUAUUUGACAUGGUGGAAAUUAGCUUCCAUAGUUUUUGUAGCCAAAAGAGAAAAUUUGGUUGUAGGAUGGCAAAUAACUGUUUAGGCCAAAAAUAUAUUUAUUUUUUCUACUAUUUUUACGAAACUGCUCCAAAGAAUUUCUGCAAAAAAAGCUUUUUUGCCACAUUGGAGGUACCAGGUCACUUUUCAAAACCUCUACACUGUCCCUUGAUGGUUCAUAUUUCUCCCAACCUCUGCUAAAUGAAUAAAGCCCUAAAAUCUGAUUGGUUGAUAGGAAAGUUUUUCCUGGAACAUGCCCUACUUGGUAAUUUAGAUGCUAUGUGGAGUUAUAAUGAAGCAUCAGUUAAGCGUUGUUUCAAUGUUUCUCAGUGUUUAGGAGAAAUGCAAUAAAGAACAAAGGUUCACAUAUAUAUAUACAGUAUAUAUGCUCUUGCAUUAGGGGGUUUCAGCUUCGAUAUACUCAUAAACAGACAAAAAUAUAAUCUAUAUUUUAGCUUAUAGUUAAGAUUUAUGCAUUUCAGUUUCAUGACAAAACUCCAUGUUUAAUGUAAUGUUUAACACAAUUAAAUUAAAGGUGCACUCAGUUAUUUUUUUCAUGAUCAAAAAUUUGUACCCAUUAAAAAAUUUAUAAAAGCAUGAUAUGGAAGCUCCAGUCAAAUCAGUAACCUUAUAAAAGCUGUUUUAAUCCUACAUGGGGCGGGGUCCCCUCAUGGGGCAGCCAUGUUAUGAUCACAUGAUUAGCGGAAUACGACUCUGUUGAACUCCCUUGUAAGUAACUGCACUGAUAUUGGACACUUUAACUCAUUGAUUAAAUUAUUCAUGGCUGCUUGUUAAUAGUGCAUUUUUUCAAUGGCAUCUGUAACUGCAAACUAUUGAGUUUGAAUGAUGCUGCAUCCACACCACCAGGUGUCAGUGUCCAAAAUCCAAAACUCUCCAAAAUACUGAGUACACCUUUAACAUUUUAGUUUUAUUUAUUUAUUUAUUAUUAUUAUUAAUGAUUCAAUUGAAUGUGUUUUUUUGUUUUGUUAUUAAAUUGAAAUGGGUAAUUCUUCAAAUUAUUUUAUUGAGCAUUUCUCUGUUUUAUCACGAUUGUUGAAUAUUGUGGGUUCAAUACAAGUUAAGCUCAAUCUAGAGCAUCUGUGGCAUGACAUUGAUUACCACAAAAAUAACUUUUGACUCGCCCCGCCUUUUCUUUAAAAAAAAAAACAAGUUACUGUGAGGCACUUACAAUGGAAGUCAAUGGGCCCAAUCUGUUAACGUCAAAAUACUGUUUCAAAAACAUCACCACAAGACAUGAAUAAUAUAAUUGAACGUGAUUUUUAGUGUGAUAAAAUCACUUGCUAACCUUUCUGUGUAAAGUUAUAUCCAAUUUUACAACUUCGUUGCCAUGACGAUGAAGUUAGCAAACCCUACAACCUUAAAAUGACUGUAAAAAUUUUUUAAACAACUUUACAGUCCAAAUAAUACAUGAAUUAAUGCAAGUGCUUUUAUGCAAUUAUAAACUUCACAUUUCUGCCGUUAAACCCUCCAAAUUUGGACCCAUUCACUUCCAUUGCAAGUCCCUCACUGAUAUUAAAAUGUUAGCAUUUUUUCACGAGUUGAAAUAAUGUUUUUGGUAAUCAACAUUACGCCACAAAUGUUGUCGAUUGAGCUUAACUUGCACUGAACCCGGAAUAUUCCUUUUAAGCUCAGUCGACAACAUUUGUGGCGUAAUGUUGAUUACCACAAAAAAAUAUUUACGUCCCUCAUUUAUAAAUUUUUAUUUUAUUUUUUAAAUAAAUCGCAGUUAGUGUAAGGCACAUUGAAAUGGAAAUGAAUGGAACCAGACCAUAAACACUAAAAUACACCGUUUCAAAACCGUAUUUGAAUGUUUACGAACUGGCCCCAUUCACUACCAUUGUAGGUACCACAUUUUAAAUAAAGAUGGAUGUCGGUUAUUAUUAGUUUUUUCCCCAUUAUCACAUUAUACCACAAAUGCUGUCGAUUGAGCUGAAUUUUUAUUAAAACAUACAGCGUUUCACUUCUGGUUUGUGUGACGGCUUUGUAUUUUUAUUUGAUCUCAGACUGAUUGCGUGUAAGAUAUCUGGACCAAUCACAGCGCAGAACGCUGAAUGUUUAGAUUCAAUGAAAAAUGUGACGUAAUCGACUCUGCAAUAAAGUAGCAUUUUAUGUUACUGUUUGUGAUAUGUGAAAAGUCACGUGUUCGUCCAGAAGAGCAAAUGUAUUUUCACAAAUGUUCAGUCGUGUAAAAAUGUACAUUAUUGUCAAUCAUGCUCAUUCAUCUUCAGCUUUGAUGUCUAUCUGACAUGCUUUUCCAACAGUUACUAAUAAUUAGCACAAAUCUCCGAACUCUGCAUGGCAAAGCAAUAUCCCCCCCUACAGAGCAUUUGUGUUCCUUUAAGGACUGAUCAUUUACAUGAUUUCAAUUGAAGAUCAACAAACUCAAAAGUCAAAAUCUUAAUAGGGCUACACUGGACUGAACACACGGAGGAAACUUCUGCAAGACUUUCAAUGGACUCCUAGCCUGUCUUUGUACGUUUUUAUUUAGUGUUUCAUUUUUACAGACGAUGUUUUCAUGGAAUAUUGAAACUUGUGGCUUUGUAUGAAAUAACGCAACACAAAUCAAAUGCAUUUGUCUCUUGUCACUUACCAAUGAUGUGACCUUUGGUGACAAAGAUUACGUUUCCAAGUCAACGGAGAACUUUGCAUCGAUGUUCACGUGCACACACUUACAAGACGUUGACGUCAUCGGGUUGGCAUUUGCUCUUUUGUUUGGGUCUUGCCUGGUUUAAAGGAAUAAUUCAUCCAGAAAUCACAACUCAUGCUCAUGUUCCUCUAAAUACACCGCUUUUGGUGUAAAUGUAGAAUGAACCACUACACACAGGCCUAACUAUGGAUUUGGUUUAACGCUGGUGAACCUUUGUGAAUAACCAUGAAUUGAAUCUGCUUUCCAGGGUCCGUUUUUGUUUUUUAACUGUUUAUAACCAAGAUAAGUAUGAACACAUGGGAUCUGAUCUGGGAUCAGCCAAUUCAAUAUGCAUACCGGCCUGAAUCUCAUUCUUACGUCUCCAGAGUCCAGAGAAAGAUACAUUUACUAUAGAUAUUGUUGAUGGUUCUUAUUUUUCAAAACUGACAUGUUUUAAAGUAAUAUAGAUAUACAAUGUUAGAUUGUAGGAUUGUUGUGGGAAUAUUUCUUUUACAACAAAAAUAAAGUUUUAUUUA